AUGGACGUGAUAUCUGGAGGAGCAUCGCCCCGCAAGACAGUGGCACCUUUGGUGACGCUGAUCUUGGAAUCGGAGAAGGUGAAAGCGAUGGCGAGACAGCGGCUUGGUCAAGGCAUCAGCAAGUUGGUCAGUGGUGGGAACGUGAGAAACAUGGAGCAGACCACGAGCAACACGAUCCCGAACAAAUUGAAGAUCAAUUUCGAUAUAUAUUUGUGUGGUGGGCAGUCUUCCAACUUACAGUUUAAUUAA